AUGUCUAAGCUAAACGCACCGUCAAAUGUUUACAACUGCAUUGCCUACGCAGUGAAUAUCACCGACCGACUGAUGUUGGGCCACUGCUGGAAGGAGCUCGCCCAGAAAUGCUACUAUGCUCUCACGUCCGAGCAGCUGCUGGCAGCGCCUCUCCAGAACGACGACAUAGAGGCUAGGUCCAAAGUAGGACACGACUAUGUCAUCCAGCACGACCGACACCUCUUUGAGAGCACCAAGACUGUCAAUGGGAAAACGCGCCGUUACGGCACCAUUGUGACCGUGUGCCGCUUCGACGCUGAGAAGGAGAAAGCAUACGACGAUCAAGAGCACCACAUCACCAGCUCGGGACACCCCGCCAGGCGCAAGGAUGCCGUGUUCAUCUGGUCAGGCGAGCCGAUCCCCGAGAGCAAGGCCCGGACGACCAUGUCGGGCAGGAUUAGCAAGAGUAUGCCAGAGAAGAAGCCGACGAAGGCGAAGCCGACUAAGGCUGCCAAAGAGUAG